AGUUACAGCAUAUCAGAUAUCUAAUGCUCCUUCAUCUGAUGCACUUACUGCUGUUGGGGUUGUUGUCCCGUUAGCAGUUGUUAUCGUCAUUGUUGUUUUGGUCAUUUUACUUAUACGAUUUAAAAGAAAAUCUUCAGAGACGUCAACUAAAAGGAAAGAUGUUUUAAACAUGAAGCAUAUUUCUAUUGUGGAAAAAGUAAACAGAGAAUCCUCACCAGAACACAACUACAUAAAUGAUGUAGACUCUAUUCAUAACUCAAAAGACAAUGAUGAUGCAAAUGAGACUGCCAAGAGAGGCCCCCCGACGAAUAAAUGUAUACCAGUAAACAAUUUACAGGCCAUCAUAUCUAAAAUGUCUGCCAUAGAGGAUGCUGGCUUUCAAUAUGAAUAUCAGGAUAUCCCAAAAGGCGAACUUCAUCCAUGUGAGGAAGCCAAUCGACCCGAAAAUAAACCUAAAAAUAGAUACAAAACGACGUUUCCAUAUGACCAUUCCCGAGUUGUAUUGAACACUUCAUCUCCCAGUGAAGGGGAUUACAUUAAUGCUAAUUAUAUAGAGGAUGUUCAGGGAAAACGCUCGUACAUUGCCACGCAAGGUCCUAAGCCAAAGACGAUUGCUGAUUUUUGGAAAAUGGUUUGGCAGGAGGACGUAUCAAUUAUUGUUUGUCUGACCAAUCUCAAAGAAGGGGCAAAGAACAAGUGCAACCAGUACUGGCCAAACAUUAACGACAAACUACAGAGUGGAGGUUUUAAUAUCAGAAACAUGGAAGAAAAGGUGUAUGCCAAUUAUACUAAAAGACACUUCAAGGUCUACAAACAUUUGGAGCAAAAGGAUAGAGGGGUGGUGAUGUUUCACUACACAAGAUGGCCGGACCAUGGAGUUCCUGAUCCACUCAGUCUCGUCGUAUUCCAUCGUCACGUGAUGAGAAUGUCUUCUAAAUACCCAGGAAAAUACAUUGCUGUACACUGCAGUGCUGGCAUCGGUAGAACAGGAACAUACAUAGCUUUAGACGCCCUCUAUCGGGAAGGGGAGAGAAAUGGUAAAAUCAAUGUACCGAUGUACGUCAGGACCAUGAGAAAAGACAGAAUGAACAUGAUACAAGGCGAGGAACAAUACAAGACUGUCUAUUUGGUACUUUACGAAUCGUUUGUGGGGAAAUCAAGAUGCAUCGCAACGGAGGAAAUUUUACAAGGAAAUCAACAUAAGUCUUGUUACACCAAUUGUGGAGAAGUUACAUCAAACCCUCUGUCUUCAGACUUUAAGGAGUUGCUGUCUCUUAGGAAAACUUAUACAGAUGUGGAGCAUGACUCCGGACGUACUAAUAUAGAAGCCAACUACACAAAGGACGUCCUUCCUGUGGAAGAAUUCAUGUGCCGGUUAACAUAUACAAAAGGGAGAUCAACAUAUUACAACGCUGUAUUUCUCCAGUCUUACAAAGAACACGAUAGCCUUAUCAGUGCCCAGUAUCCACUAAAAGACUACACUGAAGACUUCCUAAGACUGGUGAAGGAUAUGAAUGUCAGUGUGGUUGUCUUCCUUUGUCCAUUAUCUGAUUUGGAAUCCUCUUCUCUUUGGUUCCCAUCCAAAAACAUGGAGAAAACUGUUGGAAGUUUCACAAUAAAGCUAACUUCUUGUGAAGAUUCGGCGAAUGUUUCCAAAACAAAUAUACUUAUUAAACCAAAGGGAUCAAGUUCAAUGAGGGUAACUGUGCUAGAAUGCCAAAAAUGGAAAGAAGGACAAUCUAUCGCAGACAAAAGAGACUUAGUGGACAUUGUCAAGGCGGCAAAAAGUGAAAACUUUGAUCAUGGAAACAGACUUCUCAUACUCUCCAGUGAUGGUGCCACACGUUGUGGAGCAUUCUGUGUGGUGUAUAGCGCUCUGGAACAACUCUCAAUGGAUCAGGAAGUUGAUAUCUUCACCAUCACACGUCAACUUCAGAUCCGUAGACCGGAGUUUGUGUCUACCUUGGAGGAAUAUCAGCUUUGUCAUGAGGCUAUAGCAGAAUAUUUGAGAAAUGAUAGUGUAUACGCAAAUUUUUAGUCUAAGGGAGAUUACCCUCACAAGUCAUUACAACGUUUUCCAAAGUCAAUAUACUGUUUUUCGUUUUAUUUGUGAUUUAAUGUGUUUUGUGUCCCAUGCAGACUGCAGUACUAAGGGAUUACUUUACCCGGCGUCUGUCUGUCACACCCUAUAUCUCGAGAACUGUAAAAGGUGUGGAUUUGAUAUUUUGCAUGUAAUUGCUUGGCACUAUGACUAUGGUUACCGAUCUCUAGACUCUUGACCUUAACCUUUGACUUAAUUUUCUAAAUACAUGUAAUUCACAGUGCCGAUUAACAGCAUAUUUUUGACA